AAAACAAACGUCAUUCUGGCUGUUUUACUUUGUCUUGUUGGGGUGCUGUCGCUUAUUUUUGAAUUUAUUGUUUAAUGCGCAAAUUAAUAACAUAAAAAUCAUGUACAACGACAAAAAUGAACUAACAUUGCUGUUCAUUGCGUACGAUUAAGUCGCGUAGUGAUAGAUAUCUCUGCGUGUACGGACGUACUCAAUCUCAGUGUAGAUUAGUUCGUCUGGAGUGGACUGGACAACAUCUCUCUUUAUCUCAGAAAUAUGCGAACAGCUAUGUACAGUUUAAUAAAUUAGUUUAGAGCGCGCGAUGAUACAUAGCGGUCAAUAAAGCAGAAAUGUGCCGGUGUAGUGUAUUAUUUUAAAUUUAAUAACAGAGACUUGUGCUUUUAAAAUCCUGGUGAUUACGCGAAAAUAUAAUAAGAAAAUUCAAAAUGAGUUCUCUUGUAUCCGGAUUUGUUCCUGAAUAUUUAUCCUCGAUCGUUGAUGAGUUAGAUGAACACCCAUGGCUUUUCUCUGCGUUAGCUUCAGUGCUAGUAGGACUAAGUGGGAUUCUGCCUCUGUUGAUUAUACCAAUAGAUGAAUCGGCUUCCUUCCAAGAGGGCGCUGGUGCGGCGACCCUUCGGAUCCUGCUCAGCUUCGCGGUAGGAGGGCUGUUGGGUGACGUGUUCCUACAUCUGCUGCCGGAGGCCUGGCAGCAUGACCUGGCCAGUACACCAGAGGGUGAACACGUAUCUUUAAAAUGCGGCCUGUGGUGUCUAUUUGGGAUGCUUGUCUUCAUCGUGGUGGAGAAACUCUUCGCCGCGAGCGAGCACGAAGAAGAACCGAAGCCGAAACGGCACGGGGGCUCGAAGGAGAUAGAAAUAGAGGAGAUAGAGAAACUUCUGGAGGUGCAACGGAAGCAGAGGGGCGCGGGGAAAGAUGAGGGGAUCUGUGGGGGCAAUGGGAAGGUCACAGCCAAACAGCUGUAUGAUACGUGUGUGUUCAACAAUAAUACCGGUGGAGAUGGCACAUGUUGCAACUCGAUGGCUGGCCCCGUCGGCUCCGGCCGGUGUAAGAGCAACCGCUGGAUGGGGCGGUGCCUCAUAAGGGAAGCUAGAGAGAAGGCGCUUGGAGAUAGCAAGGAGAAAACUGAUAAGAAAGAUGUAGCCGGUUACCUGAACCUGAUGGCGAAUUCCAUCGACAACUUCACGCACGGACUGGCCGUGGGCGGCUCCUUCCUCGUCGGCUUCAGAGUGGGCGCGCUCACCACGUUCGCUAUACUUGUCCACGAGAUCCCUCACGAAGUCGGGGACUUCGCGAUUUUGCUCAAAAGCGGCUUCUCCCGUUGGGAGGCGGCUAAAGCUCAACUGGCGACAGCGUCUGCAGGUCUGGUGGGCGCCAUGACGGCCGUCAUGUUCAGCGGUGCCAGGAACGCUAUCGAGGCCAAAACGUCUUGGAUAGUGCCGUUCACGGCGGGCGGGUUCCUGCACAUCGCGCUGGUGACGGUGCUGCCGGAGCUGCUGCGGGAGCCCGACCGCCGCCAGGCGCUGCGCCAGCUGGCGGCGCUGCUGGCCGGCGUCGGGUUCAUGGCCGCCAUCACGUACUACCUCUAGGCCGCGUGGGGCCACCACCAAUACUGUCCACAAUAGUGAAGUUCUAAUAUGUGAAGUUCGGAAAAGUGAAGUGCAAAGUGUUAUUCAAAAAGGCCGUGGUUAGAUUUCAACAUCGCACGUGUGUCACCACUGUUGUUGCAGCGUACAUAGGCUGCGGUGAUCACUUACCAAUAGAUGGACCGCAAGCCACCUCACCCUUGACUGGAUGGAACUCGAUUAUAUUAAAGAUGUAAUGUUGGCGGGAAAUAAUGAGAGUCGCUCAAAUAUCUGCUACUGCUAUCGUCGGCAUAGCUAACAUAUGACUAUUACUUCUACAUAAGAUUGAAUUCAAUUGUGCUAAACAUGUGCAGUUUACAAACAGCGUGAAGACCCAAUAUUCAAAAUGAACUAUUCGGGAAGUAGAUUGAUCAGUCCGGAAAGUGAAUAGAAUAAAAUUACUCAUUCAAGGGUCCAUAAAGUGCGGUGACCACUUUUCAUCAGAUUGAUCGUAUGCGUGUUUGCUCAGUAGCAUUUAUCUGCUUACUAUCUUCUCUUAAAGCGACUAGUUUUUUGCAUCUCAAAUUCGUACCAUCACGUCAAAAUGUCCCAAAUAGUAAAAAUAUUUUCUUGGAAAAUUUCACUUGAUUACGAAGUAAAAUUUUACAAAGCAUGUAUUGAUUUCACGUCAAAUCUUGACGCUUAUCUGUAAAAUUUACAAACUAAUUUCACACCACUAAUUUCAUAAUGAAAUUGAGGCUCUAAAACGACUUCACAAAUUGCAAAAAGCAUAACGCGUUUUAGUUAUUUUUUAAUUUAAUUCACAAUCACUUAUGUACAUAUUAUGUAGGUACAUACAUGACGUAGUCAAGCCAUUCAUUUAAUAAAUAUUAAGUAAAAUUUUGUGUAAAUAAAAAAAAAGUAUUACUCUAUCGAAUUUUAGAACAUUUAGGCGUUGAAUAUAUUUUUCUAAAAAAAAAUCAGUCAUUUACUAAAGAGCAAAAUGUGCUCAAUUUGUAAAUACGUAUUAAUUAUUAUUGGUAUGUUAGUUUUAUUUCUAAUAAAAAUGUUAUUACAUUCAUAUUAAUUAUAUUACUUUUAAUUUUAAUUAUUAUAUUAGUUCAUUACUUUCUUAUUUUGUAAGAAACCUCUUGUUUCUAAACCGUUUAAGAUUUUUUAUUAAUUUAAAGUUUAAAAAUCAGUACAAGUCCUAUAGACGUUUUGUUAUUUUAUACAACAGUUACGCUUAAACUGUGUAUCAUUUUCCUGAAAUUUUACUAAAAAACCAAUGGUACAAAAAUGUUUUAAAAUAAAAAUGCUACUCGUAAUUACCGAAUAAUUUCUGAUUCGGUAAAUGCAAAAUCUAUUAAACCAAAAGACAUGCAUUUAUAUAUACGUAAGCAUCGCCAUCUUGGAUAUAUAGUCGGCAAACUUAUUAAAUACGUAGUAUUUACAAUAUACGGCUGUAACAAUAUUCCUGUACACACAUAGUGGCAAGAUACGGUACCUUGGGCGGAUCCUAUAUGCAAAGCGAAAAAUAUUAAGACUUCUAAAGCGUAGCCAUCAGUCGCGUGCACUCUAACGAAUACCAAAUCCCUCACCCUUUUUAGAAGUGUAAUAUUACAUGAAACUUCGCAUAAAGGUACCCUAACUUACCAUAAUAACCUAUAGUAUAUACGUAAUUAAUACUCAAGGAUUUUUUUUAUUCAGCUACUCAAGCAUACUGCAAUUUAUAACAUAUACCUAAUACAUAUAGUUACAUCCAUUGCACAUGUAUAUAUAGGUAUUUUGUUACACCCUAUAAUGGUAUUUUUGAGUGGUUUAUAGUUAUAGGGAAUUUAUCUGUUAAAUCAAUCACAUAAAUCAAUUAAUAUUAUAAAAAUAAAACUUUACGAUGUCUUUAUAUUUUUAUUAUAAACUUACCAUGUAUAGGUUACAAACAAAGGCAAAAAUUGUAAAAAUACAGGGUGGGCCUUAAUCUAUAUAUUUUGCCCUUAUUUAAAAAAAUAUUUUUAGGCUAUCGAAACCAAUUGAAAAAAUAAUGUUUUACCUAUUUUAUCUCAGUAUAUAUUUUGUGAAAAAACUUCAAAGUUGCAGGCACAUUUUGUUAAAGUUCCCAUUUUUCCACAAAAUAUAAUACUUACUAUAUUUCUCUUUAUUAUGGUAUAUUUGUACUAUUUUGAUAUAUUUUAGUAGUAUUUCACUAGUUUCGCGUCUUACUUUUUUGAGAAAGUAGGUAUUUUACGUUUUGGUUACAAGUUAAAACAAAUUGUAUUUUUUAAAAUUCAUUUAUAUAAUUAAAACAAAAAAGCUGUAAAAUAUCAUAUAGUAUUUAGUAUUAACCACUGCACUAUAGUUGUGUGUGAUAGUGUCUAGUUUCAACACAAUUUGUUGUAAAUACUCUUAGAUAUACACGGAUUGUCAUAAAAUAUUACGUCACAUAUACAUGUUUUGUUAAUGAUGAAAUACAACCUGACCACAAAAUAAAAUAAAGCGUUAGAAAAUAAGCUCUUCUAAAAUAAAUGUAUUUCUAUGCUAAUAACUUUUGAAAUAUCAUUUUUAAGUCUCAAGGUCAUAAAUGCUAAGAGCUAAAGUUAAGUUUUGACAGUUGACAGCUUUGUUGAGCUUCACUCAGUCAACGCCCCACAGAUUUUACUUAAAAUUUUGAAAUAUUGUGAUUCGUUUAUGAAAAAUUACGGGAAGAUUGCUCUUUUAUAUUCAGGUUUGCGUCGACUUUAAAUUUAGUCAGGGUAUCGGUUCUACCUGUGGUUCUACAUACAUUAAGUCAGUCAAAGCCGAGGUGCUCCUUAUUGCUAAACGUUACAAUUUCUAUGAUAAUCCUAUAGUAAAUUAUAGCCAGUAAUUUGUCUGUCAUAUCCCACAUUGUUGUAUAGUUAUGUAAUCACUGCAUUUCAUGUACUUAAGAACUUUUUGAUGAGAAGAACAUAAUAUAGUUAUAAAAAAAGAAAGAAGAAAGGAAAUAACAAGACAUGUUAAACAUGUAAAAAUUGCUAUUUGUGGCCCGACCUCUUGCGUGGUCAAAGGUAAUACAAUGACUUUACCUCGCAAUAAUUAAGAGAGGAGAAUUUUUUCGUCACAUUAUUAUUUUCAAAAUUUGUUAAAAAGGAUGUGUGACAUGUAAAUGGAGAGGUCGGACCAAAUGUGAAAGAGAUAGCAAUAUUUCACAUCAAAAAGUUCUGAGUUUUUCUGGCUCCAGUAUUUACCUAUAGCUUCUUGAUAUAGUGUAAGAGAGUAGUCAUGUUGAUUACUUACCAAAACAUUUCUUAAAUUCAGUUUCCUUCCAUACUACUGAAAUUUUAAAUUGUCAAAAAAAAUACUAAUAAUCGUGGCCUGAUUUUUUUCAUCGCAUUAUUUAAAUCAAUACAUAUAAUAAAAAAUAGUCGAUAGAGUCAUAGUGACAUAAUAGAGUAAGAAUUUGAAAAAAAAUAUUUUAAUGAAACUUUUUUGUUAUAUGUAUAGCUAUUAAGCCUGGGCAACAUAUAAGGUAUAAAUUUGAAAACUGGAAUAAUACCCAUGGAGCUGAACUAAAUAAUAAGAAAUAUGGAAAUGACGCCUUAACAAAACUUGUUCAGUCGCUUAUCAAGAUGCUCAUCAAUCUUCUGUACAGGAAUCGUUACGCUUUUUCUGUACAGUUAAAUUUCUCUAAUAAUUUUGACACCUUACCAAAAGUUAUUGGGCCACGCGAACGAAGUCGCGGGCAUCAGCUAGUGUAAAUAAAAAUAGUCUUAUUACUAACCAUGAAAAUUUUUGAAAACAAUGUUAUUUUUUUGUCAGCGCGUAUAUUGGUCAAUCGGCUUAUUCCACAAAUUCCCUUAGACGAUCCCCUAAGAGGGGAUUGGUAGACUUCCCACCCACCACUCAUCCCCUUAACACGUUGACCAUAAUAUUGUUAGCAGUCAACAUAUUAAGCAAAAUUUAAAUGAUUAGAUUUGUGACUCAUCCCCUAAAAAGAUUAAACAAAAUGUUUUAUUAAGUAUAACUUAUACUGUAGUACUCAUAGAGGAUAACCAGUUAUGUGAUAAAUAUGCCAUUAAUUUAAUAUUGAGUAUUGCAUGUCGUUGUCAUAAAUAACGACAAAUAAAAAUAAUAAUAAAAUUUUAAUGUUAAAAUAAAUGAUCAAGAAUCACA